GAGGCUGGAGCUUAGUCCUGGCGCGGCAGCUCGCGAAGUUGCAUCUGUGCUCUUCUCUCUCUCGGCGACUGUGGAAUCGGUAUCCUGAUAGCGAUGGGGGCUAAGGCGAAAGCUGGGAGGAAACAUUUGCGUCUCUUCAUAUUGGCUAUCCUGUGCUCCCUGGCAUUGGGCAAGAGUACCGUGUACACUUCUGAACCUGAAGUCAAAGUUCCUGAGAAUAGUCGUAAUGUCAUGCUGUCCUGCUCCUACUCCGGCUUUUCCUCUCCCCGUGUGGAGUGGAAGUUUAUCCGAGGUGACACCAAAAGCCUCGUUUGCUAUAACAAUAAGAUCACUGCGUCCUAUGAGGAUCGAGUUUCCUUCUCACCGAAUGGCAUUACCUUCAGUUCUGUGACCCGGAAAGACACUGGGACGUAUACUUGUAUGGUCUCUGAGGAAGGCGGCAACUAUGGGGAGGAAAACGUCAAGCUCAUUGUGCUUGUGGCUCCAUCAAAGCCUACAGUCCACGUCCCCUCCUCUGCCACCAUCGGGAGCCGGGCAGUGCUGAUCUGCUCAGAACAAGACGGUUCCCCACCUUCUGAAUACUACUGGUUCAAGAAUGGGGUACAGAUGCCUCCAGAUCCCAAAAACAGCCGUGCCUUCAGCAACUCUUCUUAUGUCCUGGAUCACAAGUCAGGGGAGCUGGUUUUUGAUCCUGUUUCAGCUUCGGAUACCGCAGAAUACACUUGCCAGGCACAGAACGAAGUUGGGAUAUCAUCGGUUUCAAGUGCUAUGCGCAUGGAAGCUGUGGAGCUGAACGUGGGGGGUAUCGUGGCGGCUGUCCUCGUAACACUGAUCCUGCUGGGAGUCCUGAUUUUUGGCAUCUGGUUUGCUUAUAGCCGAGGCUACUUUGACAGAGCAAAGAAAGGGACUUCAAGUAAAAAGGUGAUUUACAGCCAGCCUAGUGCUCGAAGUGAAAGAGAAUUCAAACAGACCUCAUCAUUCCUGGUGUGACCCUGGUCUGGCUCACCUGUCAUCUGUACUUGCCUUACUCAGGUGCUACCAGACCCUAGCCCCUGAUGUUUGUAGAUUCACAGGAUGCCUUAUUUGUCUUCUAGACCCACAGUGUCCCCGACUUCUGUCUUAGGAUUGUUUUUAAUAACGUCAGCUAUGUGCCCCUUCUUCCUUUGUGCCUCCCCUCCUUGUUUUUCCACUGCUGAGUGGUUUGAGACUUACUUAAAGUUUUGAUUCUCCACCCCCAGGAGGAUCAGGCAGGAAUCCUGGGUAUGCUGUUGACUUUCCUUCCAGGUAGACAGUGAGAGUGGCGGGACUCCCAGGAAUUUGCAGUCACUACCCACCUGGCCUGUGGUGGCUUUUGCAUAGGGAUCUUGAGCCAAGUCCUAUGCUCUUUGCUUUCACACUGAGGACUGGUGCCCCACUGAGUGGGGACUGGCGAUGGCUGCAUUGGUGGUUUGGUGAUGAUGUCGAGGCUCCUCCAUCUUUGGAGUCCACUCUCUCAUCUGCCCACGAGAAGUGCCACUCGGAUCCUCCUGACCUGUCUUCCUCCUGAACACAAGCAGAUUGAGGCUGACUGUGUCUGUAGGAGAAUGGGAGUCCUUGUUGUGGAGAGCAUAGAAAGCUUUCAGGGGACAUGGAGCCAAAAAGAUUUGAAGCCACAGAUCUAAAGAAAAGAAAGCUGGAGCUGGGAGCUAAAGCCUUCACCCUUCCCUGGGCUGGAACAACUGGACAGACCCUUUUAUAAUGUGUCUCUAAGAUUGUGGGGAUGAGUGUAGUAGUCUUAGCUUUUUGUUGCUUGUGUGUGUGUGUGUGGUCUUAGCUGUAUGCUGACAUCAUGUGUGCUGGAGUGUUGGAGGGCUUCUUAGCUCUUUGGUGAGAUUGUGUUUCUGUAUGUUUGUUAGUUGGAUGUUGCAGCAAAUAAAAGCUUGGUUUGUCAAAGGUUCUUUUUGUGGGGAGUAUGGGAAAUGAGGUCUUUGAGGGUCCUGGGCUCCUUGUUUGUACAAUAGGAAAAUGCCUCAAACUCUAUUUCCUGGCACCCUGGGGCUAGUUCCCAGGGCCCUGUGCCCUUUCCCGCUUCUAAUCUCCAGGGAGAGCUUCUGGACUGUAGGCCCUCAGUUUAGAGUCCUCUUGUGGCCAUGCCCUCCCAUGCUGGAGGAGGGUGCCAGGGGUGGAAUUGAUACUGCUUGGGAGUUGGGGGUCAUAGUUGGGCCUUUUCAACCCAGUGAGAGGAGAAAGUGCCUGACUCCCUCUUCCCUCCCAACCAGGGGGCAUUGAGGGACUUCCCGAAGUCUACAGAACAGCUGCCCCAGAGCUGAGGCAGGGGGAAUUUCUCAGGUCACUCGGAGAACUACUUUAGUAGUAGUUUAAAGUAGUAACUACUUCUCUAUUUUGUUGGGUGGGGUUCGGGAGAAGAUAUUUUGAGACCCAAUCAUGUGGUGGCCUGUGUGUGAGUGAGCAGGAAUAGGUGGACAGGCCUGGCUGUCAUUGCUUUCCUCUUCCCUGUUUGGACCUUCCCGCUUCCCUUAAAUUUUCCUGUUUACCACAACCCCUUCCCCACAAUCUAUUAACUUAGCAAGAGGACAAAUAAAGGGUCCUCUAGGAUUGAAUUUU